UCUCAGCCACCGUAGAGCACUAACACGUGUGAUGUAAAAUGAUUCAUGUCAGCCGAUUCUUACUGAAAAUAUAAAGUCACACCGUAAAGGACCGAUGUUUCUGCCAUAAAGGUGAUAGUGGUGGUUUAUUCAGUCGACUGAAUCAUGGCAUUCCCGGAGCUGCGGAGUGUGUUUUCACUGUGCGCUGAUCAGACAGUGACCGCAGGUUUGAGAGAAUUGUCUGGACUGCUGAGCAACCCUGAACCUCCCCAGCCCUCUGCUGCUAAAACAUCCAGUGAAGAUGCUGGAGCAGGAAGAACUGUAUCUGUCGGAGAGGUGUCAGAAAGGAUGUUCUGCUUGGCCUGUCAGUGUCGUUUUGAGAGUCGUGAGGAGCAGAUGGAGCAUUACAAACUUGACUAUCACCGCUUCAACCUGAGACAGCGGCUUGAAGGAAGAUCUGCGGUCACAGUGGAGGAGUUUGAGAAGAAGACUGGGACAGGCGAUAUUUCAAGCAUUUCGGGUUCAGACUCAGACAGUGAGGAUGAGGAUCUCUAUGAAGAACCUGGAGAUGAAGUAGUCUCUGAGGAGAAAGACAGCGCUCUGGACACAGAUCAGUCCCCUUCUCGAUGUUCCACCAAAAUAGUCUUUCAAAACAUGCAGGGACAGUACCUCUCAUUGUAUCGCUGUGUUCUGCAAAGCAAGAGAGACAAUGAAGAAGACUUGGUUUCUUCUUUACUGAAAAUAUCAAACAACACUAUUUGGGUCAUUCUGAUGACUGGUGGUGGACACUUUGCUGGAGCAGUUUUUAAGGGGAAAGAGAUUCUGCAGCAUAAGACGUUCCAUCGGUACACAGUGAGAGCGAAGCGAGGGACUGCACAGGGACUGAGGGACUCUCAGAACCGUAGCCAUGUGCCUAAAUCUGCAGGGGCGGCCCUCAGGCGUUACAAUGAGACAGCACUGCAUAAGGAUAUUCAUGAUCUUCUGGAAAGCUGGGCUGAGUAUUUGAAGGAGACAAGUGCCAUCUUUCUGCGAGCACCAAGUUACAACAAGACCAUAUUUUUUGGAGGUCGUGGAGCACCAUUGGACAAAAAAGAUCAGAGAGUCCGCGUACUUCCUUUUGCCACACGUAGAGCAACAUUUCGUGAAGUACAGCGAGUCUUUGAUCUGCUCUCAACUCUACAUGUUUAUCAAAAAGACACAGAAAUCUCCAGUAUUCUCGGUCCAUCGAAGAGAGUGUUGAAGAAGAAAACACCUAAACCUGUUAAUCAUCCAAUCCCAAACACUAAUGAGGAAGAAGAGGGUGAAGUAGAAAGUUCAGGGAACGAAGACUCAGGAACGCUAGAGAUGGUGGAGGUGACACUGGGAACUCUGGACCUCAGAGAACAUGAGAUACAGCCUAAUAAGAAGAAAAGGAGGAAACGGAAAGAGAAAAGAGAAGAGUCAAGCAACAGAGAUGUAAGUGCAGAAAAGACAGAAGAUGAAACUGUGGAAGAAGGGGAACUGGAAGGUGAAGGCGACUCUAAAGAAACACAGAGGAAGUCAAGGAGCAGGAGGAAACCCAAAGGCAAAAAACAUCAGCAAGAAGAAGAUAAAGUGGAUGAGUCUUGGGAAUACAGUUUGAGGGACGCUCUCUACACUGCCUGUAAAACAGGGGACAUCCAAUCAUUACGCUUCCUCCUGCAACUACCAGAGGACCAGGAAGAGGACAAAGAUGGAGAGAGAAAAACUGAUGAGAAUCCUACCUCAAGGGUUUUAUGUCUUCUCAAUAAGCCCAUAGACUCAGCAGGCUUUACUUUACUUCACGUGGCAUCCGCAGCCGGACAGAAAUCGGUCAUCAACCUGUUAAUGGAUGCAGGGAGUGAUCCAGCUAACAAGGAUAAGAAAGGACAGACUCCGUAUGUUGUUGCUCCUGACAAAGAUACCCGAAACACGUUCAGAAAAUACAUGGCCGAACACCCUCAUAAGUAUGACUACACUAAAGCACAGGUUCCUGGACCAUUGACUGAAGAAAUUGAGUCCAAGAAGGCAGAGAAGAAGAAAGCCCAAAAAGCAGCACGGAAACAGAGAGAGAAAGCGCAAAAGGAAGAGAAACUUCAGAAACAGCAAGAGGAGGAGGAAAAGAGGAGGUUCACGGCACUUAGUGACAGAGAGAAGCGAGCUCUGGCUGCAGAGAGGAGAUUGGCUGAACAUGUUGCCACAACUGGUGUAACGCUCACUACCAUCAGGAGAUGCUUUCAGUGUGGAGAGUCGUUGCUGGGGAAGAUUCCUUUUGAAUAUCUGGACUACUCUUUCUGUACACCUCGAUGUGUUCAAGCCCACCGCAAAGCCAACCUUGCUGCCCGGCCCUGACCUCUCACAUGCUACGGCACCGCUUUAGAGAAGGGGAAGGAGGUGUGCCAUGUUGUGGCCAUUUUCACGUUAUGAGAGUCAUAACUCAUAGUUGUUGUCUUUGAAAAUCACCAGACUAUGACAAAAGGAUUACCUGAAAAUGGAUUAGAGAAUGAUUAAUAAAUCAUAAAUGGGCGAAAGAUUUGAGUUAACAGUGUAAGCGUGUCUAGUUAUUGUAAUUUAAUAUUGUUUAUAUCAGAGUUCUGUGUAACUCUGAUAUUCUUUUACUUCUCGACUCAUUCAGGACACAGACCAACCACUGUGAUUAAAAAAAAAAAAAAAAUAUAUAUAUAUAUAUAUAUAUAUAUAUAUAUAUAUUGUUUUGUUUAAUAAAUGCAAAACUAUGGCGGAAUGGCAAAAUGAUAUGUUAUUAAAGUUUAUACUUCCACAUGGGUUAGCAGCUGCAGCAGUUUUAGAUUGUAAAAAUAAUUUCUUUCUUGAAUUCAGUUUUGAAACCAUUCUUUUGGAUAUAUUGUUUCCAAACCAUUGAUUUGUAAUAAAAAAAAGAAUGAUUGACACCACAGAAUGAAACAAUCACUCAAAUUAAAACAGGAA